ACUUCUUCACUUUUCUCUCUCCCCCUUCUUCACUUUCCUCUCGCAUUCACUUCCUUCCCCUUUCCUGAUUCUUCUCGACGACGCUCCAGCACACCCAUGCGUUUGGGGUUUUUGUUUUUCCCCAAAUACUUUCUGAACUUUCCAUCCUUCUCUUCUUUUAUUUUCCUCUACUUUCCUAGGAUCCAAACACCACCCUAAGACCUCAAUUUCUAAGAACCCUCCACUAUGGGUUUCUCCUUAAAGGUCUCAAGGACCAGCACAAGUUUCCGGCCAAAGCCUCUUCUUCAGGCCGACGUCAACACGUACAAUAGACGACGUGUCGGAUCGAGAACUCCAAGGAGAGCUCAAGGAAGCUCCAGGGAGAUGCUAAGUCCAAUUGUGGUGUCCUGUUCUCCUCAAUGCAUACGCUCUGAUAUGGUAGCGUUCAGCUGGACUGUAAAACUUUCAGCAGCAAUCGUUCAACAUCAGCAUGUUCAUCGCUAAUGCCAUGGUGGGACUCUUUUAAAUUGGAACUUACGAGCUUGGGUUAUAAUUGGGAAGACAGUCCGUCGUCUAAACCUAUUAAACAUGGAAAUAAAGGGUGGCUUGAGUGCACCUGUUCUUCAAGUUCUUGACAAAGAUAAUUACAUGGCUUGGAGUGUUCAAGUAAAAACCUAUUUGAUGGCUCAUGAUCUCUGGGAUACAAUUGAAGCAACCACUGAACCUCCUAAGCAAGAAGAUGGUGAAGCGGUUUUCAACGCUUGGAGUGAGAAGAAUUCCACGGCUUUACAUAUGCUCAAGGUUUCAUGUGGACAGUACGCAUUGGCUAUGAUUAUAGAGAUUAAUUCUGCUAAAAUUGCAUGGAAUACUUUGGCAGUUAUUCUUCAAGUUCUUGAGAAAGAUAAUUAUGUGGCUUGGACAGUUCGGGUUAAAACCUAUUUGAUGGCCCACGAUCUUUGGGAUGUAAUUGAAGCAACCACGGAAGCUCCAAGUCUUGAAGAUGAUGAGGCUGCUUUUAAGGCUUGGAGUAUGAAGAAUUCCACAGCCUUACAUGUAAUCCAAAUUUCAUGCGGACCGGACACAAUUUCUAAGAUUAUACAGAUUAGUUCUGCAAAAAUCGCUUGGGAUACAUUGGCGAAAAAAUAUGUCGUGCCCACAGAUGCUGACUCAGGUAGCGGGGAAAAUGGGAACGUUGACUAUGUUCAGUAUGAGGCCUUAAGAGAGGCUCUGAAAACUGGUAAUUGGAAUGCUGCAGAGGAGUUCCUUGAGCGCCAACCCGAUGCAAGGAGUGCAAAAAUCACAAAUUUAGGCGAGACGGGUCUUCAUCUUGCUGUUAGAGCUGGGCAUGAGCGUAUAGUGGAGAAGUUAAUGGAUGUAAUGUCGGAGGAAGACUUGGUAGUAAAAGAUACCCAUGGUGACACAGCUCUGGUUCCUGCAAUUUGUGCAGGAAAUUAUAGGAUGACUGCAUGCAUGGUUGGAAAGAACAAAAACUUGGUCAGCAUUAAAAGUUCAGAUUUAGAUAUUCCAGCUAAUCAGGCUAUUUUCAUUGGGCAUACAGAGUUGGCCAGAUAUCUCUAUUCUCUCACUCCACUGGAAGAUCUAAUGCAAGAAAAAGCCGGCAACGGCGCUACACUUUGUACCUGGGCUAUAUAUAACCGAAGUUUAGAUAUUGCUUUGGAUUUAAUUCGGAAGUGUCCACAUUUGGCUCUUGCUCCAAGCAAAGCCGGUCAGUCCCCUUUGUACGCUUUGGCCGAUAUGCCUAAUGCAUUCCCGAGUAGAGUUGAGCUCGUGUUUUGGAAACGAUGGAUCUACAAAUACUGUAUAUACAUUCAACCGGCUCGUGCCACUCAGGAAAUUCGUUUGAACAUUCAAGACGUAGAAAAAAGUCGAAGCAAUCAAAUAAAAAUCAUCGGAUCAGGUUUCAAGAAAGGGCAUGGUGUAAAUGGGCACUUGAAUGGCGCUGAUCAUCCAAGGAGUUUAGAGCGCAGACAGAAAGUGCUAGCUCUAUUCCACGAGCUAGUUUUGAAUCUCCUUAACUUCUCAGGAAUCAAGGAUUUAUAUGGAUUCAAAUUAGUCGAUGCCAAGUCCCACGAACUUCUAGUUCAUAUGUGCAAAGAAGUAUCAAUUUCAAAUACAGAGGAAAGGAGGAAACGUAAAGUUUAUGAUGCCAUCUUCCGUUCUAUCGAGAAAGGAAAUUUUGAUUUUAUUUUUGGUUUGGUUAAAGCAAAUCCAGAGCUUGUGUGGAGCCGUCGUGUUGACAACACAUCUAUAUUUUCAUUUGCUGUCCUACAUCGUCAAGCAAGAAUCUUUAGCCUUAUAUACGGGCUUGCUAUCAAGAAAAAUAUGACAACUUGGGUUAAUGAGGAAGGCAAUAUCAUGUUACAUAUGGCAGGCAUAUUGACAGGAGCUUCGAUUCUACUUAAUCGAAUCCCAGGGGCGGCUUUGCAGAUGCAAAGAGAACUACAAUGGUUUAAGGAGGUGGAAAGUAUUGUCGUUCCCAGGUUUAAGGAAUAUUCGAACAAUAAUGGUUUGACUCCUAGGGAAUUGUUUACGAAGAACCACAUAGACUUGAAGAAAGAAGGAGAAAAAUGGAUGAAGGGCACAGCAACUUCUUGUACAGUGGUAGGCGCUCUCAUUGUUACUAUUAUGUUUGCUGCAGCCUUUACUUUUCCAGGUGGUAACAAUCAAGAUACUGGCUUCCCUAUAUUCUUAGAUAAAAGAUUGUUCAUGUACUUCAUAAUAUUUGAUGCCUUGUCGCUCUUUUCCUCCACCAUUUCCGUCGUGAUGUUUUUGGGAAUCCUAACAUCACGCUAUGCAGAAGACGAUUUCCUUGAAUGCUUGCCAAGAAAGAUGAUCAUAGGACUUUCCACUCUUUUCUUUUCCAUUGCAGCCAUGAUGAUAGCCUUUUCUACUGUUCUUUUCAUUAUGCUACAGGAACAAUAUUCAUGGAUAAUCAUUCCUGUCAUUUGUUUGGCUAGUGUACCUGUCGCCUUGUUCGUAUUGAUGCAAUUUCCUCUUCUUGUUGACAUGUUCAUGUCAACAUACGUACCUUGCAUCUUUGAUAAGAAAAUGGAGAGGUGGGUAUAACUUUAUUCAUUUUGUUGUAUAAUGUAAACACUUUCCACUAAGAAUUGGCAUACUAGCCAAAACUCAUGAUUUUAUUUUUCUUGGACAGAUGACUAAUAAAUAUUGAGUUGGUUUAUUUUGCCUA